AUGUCCUUCAUCGAAAGCUGUUCGUCUGUAAAUAACUGCAGUCGAAUAAAAUGCAAAGGAAAAUAUUUUUGUGUUGAAGAACUUUUAUAUAAGGGGCCAUUCAGUAACGUUUUUGUUGUUUCUGAUAGACUACACCGUUAUGCUAUGAAAACCGAGCAGAAAGUUGGAAAUUUGAGGCCGGUACUAAAAAUAGAAGCUACUGUACUUAAAGAAAUGAAUGUACAAGCAGUGGCUGGAUUUCCGCAGAUCAUUGCAGCAGGUCAAACAGUUAUAUAUAAAUAUAUAAUUAUGCAACUUGUUGGGCCAGAUCUGCAACGAUUAAGGAUGUCAAUUCCAGAGCAAAAGUUUUCACUAGCAACAAGUUUACGUAUUGCAUUACAGACUCUCGAUCGAAUUCACUCAUUGCAUGCUAAUGGAUGGAUAAGUCGUGAUAUCAAAGCAAAUAAUUUUUGCAUAGGUUAUGAUGAUAUACAAAUAAUAUAUAUGCUGGAUUUUGGACUUGCAAGACGUUAUUUGCAAAAAAAUGGUCAAUUAAUAGCAGAGAGGAAAUCUGCUGCAUUAAUGGGUACCAUUCAUUAUGCAUCGCUUAGAGCACAUAAUUUCCUGGAUCAGAGUAGAAAAGACGAUCUCGAGUCAUGGUUUUAUAUGUUAAUUGAAAUGAUAAAUGGUAAUUUGCCUUGGUUGAAAUAUGAGCCAAGAACACAAUAUAUGUUAAUUGGUGAAUGGAAGCAAUUUGCCCGAGAAUCAGGUAGAUGUAAAUUGCUGAAGAAUUGUCCUCAAGAAUUCGAUGAAAUAAUGAAAAUAAUUGAUGGAGCAAGGUAA